UUCAAACAACCAAAGUCCUCCUCACCUGAACGUGAGCAUUUCAUUUGACAUUGACAUUUGACAGCAGACAAAAGUCAAAUAAGAAAAUUCUUGUAUACCGAUUGGUUUCGCUAAAAUUUUGUUGCUAUUUAAUUGAAUUUAAUGAAACCCCUUGAUCCCUGCGACCCCCGACUGCAAGCGGCAACUGCUACUGCAGCAGCUGCUGCCGCCGCAGCUACCUCCGCUGCUAUGGCUGCUUGCGGUGCGAGUGGGCCUGAAGGUGAAAAUCCAUCACAAUGGUCAGCGGCAGAGGACUACAGAUACAAACAGGAUCUGAUGAACGACGACCUACAGAUGUCCAAUAUGGCCAUGGAAAGUGGAUCUAUCUACCCACAGUAUGAAUGGACGGACAUUACAAAGGAAUUUUUCGAGGCCUGUUCGGAACUGGCUCUGGGAGAACUCGCCCAAGACGACGUCUUCGGCCUUUUUGAAGCUAUGUCAGCUAUCGAAAUGAUGGAUCCCAAAAUGGACGUUGGAAUGGGCUACAACAAGAACGACGCACCUCCUCAUACAUUUGAAACUGCUGUAGCUGCUGGCAUUUUAAAACUAGAGGACCUUGAGAACGCCGAAUUGAUUGGCAUCUUCGACUCCCUCUUCUCUUGUAUUGUCUCCUGGUUGGAGGGGAAUUCAAUGGACCAAGUGCUGUUUACAUGUUUGUAUCUGCAUUCGCCACACAGCAUAAAAGACAAAUCCCUGCGGGCGUUUUGUUACGCUAUUCACAAUUUGAUUGCCAUUGUUAAGAAAAUCAUCAUAACGAGCAGUGGAAACGAGGAGGAAGACUUUCAGCUCUACGGCAACUCUAGCUUCCUCUUUAUUGAAGAAAUCCCAGAUGCCAAUGUUGCGCCUGCGUUAAAAGAAGCCGAAGACGACAUGGUUCGCCGGAGUAAAUCAGAAACUUAUCCUGAGGAUACUCUAGCUGUUGUCCAUCGCUUGCGCUUUAUGCGCUUCCUCUUUCAAUCGAUCUUGCAAUUGCAACCCGACAUCGUUCGUCCGUCAGCAAGCGAAGCAGAACUAGCCGAAAUCCACAAGAAUCUUAAUGCAGCUUUGGAAUUAGUGCCGCUGAUUAAGAGAACCAUCGAGAAAGGCACUCAACCAGAGCAGGACUCUGAAGCACCCAAUCCAAUGGGCUUUUCUCCGCGAGUUCACGUUCGCAAUCAACCUCCAACUUUUCCCCGCAGUGCUAAAAUCCGCGACCGCACAUCGAGUCUACAGUUUCUAGAGGAAUUAGUGCAGAGAUUGAAAUUUGCAUGCAAAAUUAUAAGACAGAGGGAUUACUAUUCAGCCCUGAACUUCUUUAUCGAAUUCAGUCGUAAGUCUGGCCAGUGUAUCCUCUCGCGUAGCGUCCUCCAAGUUCUCUUCCUCUUCAAUCGUCACCUUGUCUUUGGGGUGAUUCCAAUGAAGGAAUUCCUCCGCGACUCCAUCCGAGCUUUCAACGCCCCUCCGGUCCUGAAUCCACGUUGUCCGUUGGCCAACGACCGGAAAAUUCAACUGUACGUCGAGUGCUUCCUCACUUACUGCAUCAACAUGACCACAUUCACGCACUUCAUUGAGAUUUGCGGCUACAAUCGAGCCCGCCAAAGGGACAAGCUGGCCCGGCUGAUCGAGGGAUUCGCCAACAUUCAAGUCGAAGCGGCCAGGAUAGAUUCUCAUCUGAAUAUGGUAGCAGAACAGACUGACAAUGUUGGGAAACACUCCUCGCAUUUCGCAACUUGGGUGCUCUACAACUGCUUCCGGGCGAUGAUGCUCUUCCUGAUGUCCGGGUUCGAAUUGGAGCUGUACAGUGUGCAUGAGUUCCUGUACAUCUAUUGGUAUCCCUAUGAGCUGUUGAUCGGAUUCAUCGUGUCGGCGCUCACUCGCGCCGAAUCAGCACUGCUCGAGCAGGAAGCGCUCAUGGAGCAAAUGAACAAGACCGGAAACUCCAAACAGCGCAAGCCAAAGCCCAAAAAGAAGAAGCAACUGAAACCUUACCGCCAGGAGAUUGUCUACUAUCACGCCAUGUUGAAUAUGUGCGGAGGCUUUCACAUGGCAAUGGGAGCGUUUACAAAGGACGAACGCAUUCGACAGCCGAUGCCGAAAUUCGACAACGAGGAAAUCCGUUUCAAUCGGAGAUUCGCUCCUUUCGCAGCCCUCACCAGCCCCCCUCAGGUGACCUAUCAGGAAUUCAAGAAAAUCAGAGCCCAACUUAUGCAGAUGCCAUCGUCCGAGAUUUACAUGUGCGCGGCAAGGUACUUCGAACAAGCUCGAAAUGUUCUGGAGUCCAUUCAGAAUCCAGAACAAGAAAUCCUCGACAUGAUCCAUGUGGCGAAAGUCAACUUUGUAGUGAUGAACGUCCUCGCCAAGGGUCACCAAAAGGAUUCGAAAGCUCAGCCCGAUUUUGAUUUUAGCAAACAUCGUUACUUCCCCAUCAUCAAACUCAACUAAAAACCUAGCGAAAAGUAUUCAAAAUUGAACCAUACUCUUAACGUCCCAAUGACUUGUCACUCAAAGCCCCAAUGAGUGUCCCUUAAUUUUUUUUUUAAGCAAUAAACUGAACAAAUUGAUACCAAAGUUU